UUUUAUGAUCAACUUUUAAUUUCGGCUAUCAUAACAUCAGUAGGGCACAGAGAUAAUGCUAAAGAAAGGACCCUAGCGAAGGGUUUUAUGAAUUAUGACCCUUCUGACUAUGAAAAAAUGUGUACAUUUGCUGAUAAUGCUUUGACAAUUAAAAUCCAGUCUUUAGAAAAUAUAGAAAUGCAAAUGGUAUACGAUAAGACAGCAGAAGAAAAUGGCACGCAAGAUCAAGAGCCAAAAGUAGCAGUGAAGCCAAAAUUAGAUAUAUUUUGCUGUAAUAUUAAUAUUCUGUCAGUUUUUACAGGAAAAAAUAAACUAUACUUAAGACAAAGGCUGCAGCCAAUGAUUGAGCCACGAGCGAGUCAAGCAAAGAGUUGGGACAAUUUACCCUUAGUUACACUCGAAAUAUCUGCAUUUCGUAAUCCCGCUAAUAUAAAACACCACCAAUUGUUAAAAGAUGCUAAUUUCAUGACAUUCACUCUCAUCGGAUGCUUCAAUAUGCACGUACCUUAUGAUGAUGAACUUGUGUACACAGCAGCCACCAAGAUGCCAAUAUAUAAUGACCAGAAUUGCAACCUCUACACAUUUAAUCAGGGAAACAGAAUUGCCAAAAGAUCAAAUACCUUAAAUUUUUUUUCUGACUGGGAAAGUUUAAGACUUGGAGACGAGUACUUCACUGAGGGUGAUGAAAAGUUCACAGCCUCACUUGGCGAUUUUCAAAAUGAAGACAAGCUUGAUUUGAAAUAUUAUGUGGAAGAGGGAUCGAAUUUGCAUAAGACCGUUUGGAAAUCCUUUCACAAAACCUUAAUACUGAAGGAAACUGAAAAAUGGUUGUCGAGUCAUUUGAGGCGAUACAAAUGGCCCCUUGAAGUACACAUGUAUGGGGAAAAUAAUAGCGGAUACAGCUUUAUGGGAUUCAUUGAUUUGUUCACGCUUCUGUAUCCUGGAGAAACAAAAGCCCGUAUAGCAGUACCACUUCAUUGGGCAAACUCGGAGCUUAUAAUGGAGAAGUGUGGCUGCGAUUUCCUUCUACCGCCAAGCGACAAGUGUCCUUCGUCCUUCAUUAGCGUCCAGAAAUCUAGCAAGUCAGAAAUAAAUAAAAUGCUUAGUGGCUUUGAGGCAAUACCGAGCAAGAGGGAAUGUUCUAGUAGGGGUCAAACGGAUAAGAAUUGGCUGUCAACUGUAAAAUUGGCAAAUACCUCUUUACGACGCGUGCCGUACUUUGGUGUAACAGAUAUUUGCCUUAUGAAUCGACAGUUAGCUGGUACAAGAACUCGUCUAGAAAUCCUAACAUCGUUUUGGCAAGACGCCGCCAUAUAUGUGAACAAUAAUUUUGUUAUCAACAAUUUUCUUGACACCGAUGAAAAGCUAGAAGAAAUGACUAUGAUGGCCCAUUCGUGUCUUAUGCGUAUGUCCAGCGAUUAUCUUAUCAAUAAAGACCAUCGCCAAGAAUUGGAACCCACCCUCAGAGCGGCCAGGAAUGCACGUCAGCUCAAAGAUAUUAAGCAUGCAGCAAACCUUUAUUUGCAGACUGUUGUGAAAGCUCCCACCGAGCCAGACCUUUGGCGGGAACUGUCAACCUGCCUCAAAGAUAUUGACAUAAAUGCGGCUAAUGUCUGUAUCAAUAAGUCUAUCCUUCUUAAUCCUCGACAUCCUUUAAGUCUAUUAUCCAAAGCCUGCAUGAUUUUCAACGAAGACCCAGAUGACGCUGAACCAUUCUUUGUCUCGAUGCUCUGUCUUCAUCCGUUUUACAAAGUUCUAUGGGUUGCUGCCAGUGCUUAUUAUUGGCACAGAGAACUAUUUCACAUAUCUACAGAAAUUAUUAACUACGUACGAAGAAUAGAGGCAGAAGGGCUGGCGGAAGACUUGCCUUACCCGCGUGCCUGGGAAAGAGAACUGGGUGAUUGGUGGGACCAGACACCACUCCUACCGGGGACGAAUCGGUAUUAUGAUGCUGCCGAUCUUCUUUUACGUAUUCGAGCAAUACCCUUAGCAGAGGUAUGCCUCGCACGUGCAUUGACGGAAGACGGUGAAUCUCCGGUUUACCAACACUUGCUAGCUCUUUGCACACGUCUACGCAAGGAUGUCGAUACCGCACUUUGCCAUUUACAAUACGCUAUUGGAAAGUAUGGAGAUGUAAACUAUUUGCGAAGUCUCGAAGGGGAGUGUCAUCACAGGAAAAAGGAUUUCGCAAAAUCCAAAGAGAGUUUUGAGAAGGCUGGCAGCUGUCUGGGUGCUUACAGUAUUCUUCUAUCGCUACCGCGUCGUGAGUCCCAACGUAUAAGAGCAAUGUUGACGGAUCUCAUACGUCGACAGCCCAGCGCGUACGCAUGGAUGAGCCUAGCCGACGACUGGGUGACGCGUAGCAGCGUAGGUGAAGGUGGCGACGCGGGCGCAACCGACGAGCAGGCUACGGCGAUCUCUUGUGCUAUUGCCUGUGCGUGCCAGGCACUGAAACUGGACAGACAGGCGGGUCGUGCCUGGGCACUUCUAGCUAAUACUGUUAAACCAAGCGCACGAAGGCUGCAUUGUGAGAAUAUGGCGAUAUUGUGUGGAUACAGCAAGCAGCCGGGAGAGAAGAAAAAUUACGCGAGCGAGUCAAAACAGUCACUCUGUUACCGCAUUGGAAAAUCACUUCGUGAAUGUGUAUGCGAUAUGUGUGAAAAUUUGACUCUGUAAACUCCUUGUCUAUUGAUGUCAAAAAAAAUAAAGUAGAUAUCACAAAAUCUACCAUUCA